CGGCUUCCCAGCAAUAUUCCAUGGCAGUUAGGGCCGGCUCAGCAGAAUGGGGUGAGGCCUUCUCGGAUCUGGAGCUCAGGUGCCUGAAAGGAAGGUCCCCCCCAUUCUUCCUCAGACACUAGGCCUGUGAUGGAAACUGAUGUGACUGAGGGAAAAACUGAGAAGAUAAGUACCAGGAACAGGCGGUCACUCACCGAGCAUCGCCGCAACUCCCUAUUGCCCUUUCAUUGGAGAAUUACACACAGCUCCCGCUGGAUGUCCCAGCUGGUGGCUUCAGAAUUCAGCUUGGUGGGUUUCCUCCUCCUUCUGGUCAUGGUCUUCUCCAAGAAAUGGCUGUACCCCUCUAAGAGUCGUUUCCAUCAGCGCUACCCCAAAAAUGUCACCAAUAGAGUCUACACCUCGAUACAUAAAAUGUCCACAGGACUCCUGUACACCUGCAUAUCUAGAAGCUGCUCGAGCUCAGGCAGUGAGAAAGACAGUUUAGAGCUGUGGACAAACCAUCCAGUUUUGGGGGUGGCUAAUGUAAGUUUCACCCUGGCCUUGGUGCUGGGCUUUGCCCUCACCACCUGGCUGCACCUGCCGUACCUGCCCGGCCUGCAGAGAAUGCCUUUCUUUGGCUUGAUUGGGAUCGUCCUGAGCUUCUGUGAAGUCACCUUCAUUUUCCUCACCCUCCUGUUGUUCCCUGUUAACCUCUGGAUCUACGAGCUGAAGAAGAACAUAUCGGUCCCCAUCGGGUGGAGCUAUUUCAUUGGUUGGCUGGUGCUCAUCCUGUAUUUCACAUGUGGGGUCCUUUGCUACCUCAACCAUAAAAACUUCUGGAGCCUGAUGAUGGGCAGCUCCUCUUCCACCAACAAUUCUUGCAACAGCGAGGAGCAAGAGCAAGGGUCUCCGGUGCAAGAGACUCUGAUGAGCACUGCACGGUCCUCCAGCAAUCCGGAGGACAUCCCCGACCCUGAGAAGCAGGAGGAUACCAAAAGCCCUUAAGUUUCACCAAAUGCUUCUUAGGACCUACCCAUCCUCCAUUGGCUAGGUCUGUCCUCAUCGUGACGACGGACGAGCACAGGAGGAUUUAGGGAACAGCUUUGGUUUCCUCUCCCUGAACUCGGCCUUGUCUAUGGCUCAGGUGAAGUGAAAUAAAUUGUCCAUCUCUUCUU